AUGUACAUAAUUAACCUCUUAACCUUAAUUGUGCCAAUUCUGCUCGCCGUAGCAUUCCUAACACUAGUUGAACGAAAAGUGUUAGGAUAUAUGCAACUACGAAAAGGUCCUAACAUCGUAGGCCCCUACGGACUACUACAGCCAAUUGCCGACGCAGUAAAAUUAUUUACCAAAGAACCACUACGACCGCUAACUUCAUCAAUCUCUAUAUUUAUUAUUGCCCCCAUCCUAGCCCUUACACUAGCAUUAACCAUGUGAAUUCCACUACCAAUACCAUACCCACUAAUCAACAUAAAUUUAGGGGUCCUAUUUAUGCUGGCAGUAUCAAGUUUGGCCGUAUACUCAAUCUUAUGAUCAGGCUGAGCUUCCAACUCUAAAUAUGCCCUAAUUGGGGCCCUACGGGCUGUAGCACAAACCAUCUCAUAUGAAGUAACACUAGCUAUUAUCCUUCUGUCAAUUCUUCUAAUAAGCGGGUCCUUUUCUCUAUCAAACCUAAUCAUCACACAAGAGUAUACAUGACUCUUAUUCGCAUCAUGACCACUAGCCAUGAUGUGAUUUAUCUCAACCCUAGCAGAAACAAAUCGAGCCCCAUUCGACCUAACAGAAGGAGAAUCAGAACUAGUCUCAGGUUUUAACGUAGAAUAUGCAGCAGGCCCAUUUGCCCUAUUUUUCCUAGCAGAAUAUGCAAACAUCAUCAUAAUAAAUGUCCUAACAACAAUUUUAUUCCUAGGGGCAUUCCACAACCCAUACUUCCCAGAACUUUACUCAAUUAAUUUUAUAAUUAAAGCACUAAUCCUAACAACCUCGUUCCUAUGAGUACGAGCCUCAUACCCACGAUUCCGAUAUGACCAACUAAUACACCUACUAUGAAAAAACUUUCUACCACUAACACUAGCACUAUGUAUAUGACACGUUUCACUACCAGUAUUUCUAUCGGGAAUCCCACCACAAUAA